CAUUUAAGGCACUCAGUCGGGCUUCCCACGCUCUGACUAGUACACACACACUCACACACACACGCGCGCGCCGGCUGUCUGGAUCGCAGCUCUCCCGGUCCAUGUCAAGAAGACCGCCGUGGUAUUCGUCUCUGAGCAGGGGUCCCCUUAUUUGCCGCAUCCGCCUCGCAGGACAGCGGCGACGUCGGAACGGCCCGGCCCAUCGCUCGCUCGGAGGAAAGCGUGGAAGUCAUCAAAGUGCGGGAGUUGUUUUUGUUUGGGCGGCUUUGGCCCAAGGCGGCGUUGACGUCGCCGAGACGGCGGACGGCGUCGGGAUGUUGACGGACCAGGCGUCUCAGAUACAGGAGGUCAGGUAUUGUCUCAAGACCCUGAGAGAGCAGAUGGCGGCCAGACAAAACGGGAACGGCAACAAGUAUCCCACCAACGGCUACGCGCUCGACAAGCCGACACCCGUCGCCAACGGCGACGACAUUUACGACGACGCCAACCGUGACGAGGGCGACGACAAUCAGGCGCGCUGCCUGAGGGAGGAAACCAAGCGCCUCUACGCGCAGCUGAAAGACACGGAACGUCGGCACCGGGAGGAGAGAGAACGGCUGCAGAUGGAGUCGGAGGAGCGGCGGGCCCGUCUGGAGGCGCAGUCGGAGCGCCUCCGGCGGGCGGAGGCCGAGUCGGCGGAGCGAGGCCGGCGGCUGGAGGAGCUGCAGAGGUUGCUGGGAAGCGCGCAGGCCGAGAGCGGACUCCUCAGGGACAAAAUGGCCGCCCGCGAGGCCGAGUUACUGCGGCUUCAGACGGACGACGGCGAAGGAAAGGACAAAGAGGACAGAUGUGGCCAGUUGGAGACGGAGGUGGCCCUUCUCAAGGAAAAGAUCCACCACCUGGACGACAUGCUUAAGAGUCAACAGAGGAAAGUGCGACACAUGAUCCAACAGCUGCAGAACUCCCGCACCGUCCUGCAGGAGCGCGAUCGAGUCAUCGGGGAUCUGGAGGAGAAGGUUGCCUUCCUGGAAGCCGAGAACCGAGAGAUGCAAGACCACAUGGAGCACUUCCUGGCCGGCCGGGACCCGCCGCCGCUCAAGAGCGCCGAGAACAAGCCGGUCAUCAUCUACAGCAAACCUCUGAUGCCAUCCACACAUAACAACAAGUCCCUCCCCUUCAUCAAAGUCAUCGAGAUCAAGUCAUGAAUGAGGCACAGCGAUCAAUCGCAAAGUGUAAAUAUGUAUUUAACCUUUUGAUUUGCAUCUCACUCCUCCUAAUUGCUGCCCCCCCCCAACACUGAAUCAAGUGCACGUUUAAAGACGGUAUGGUCAUGAUUGCGUAAUCCAGUCACUCCCAGUCCUGAGUGUGAAUCGAUAGCAACUGUUGAUUGAUCACCACUGCGUUUGCAUUGCCGUUUGUGUACGAAAUCAGUGAAUAAAUUGGAUUGAAUUUUAGCUAUCUCUGGACACACAUUUCAAUGACUUGAAAAUUUCAAGUGUUGGGAGUGAGGGGGGCACUGUACACAGAAGAAUAAAGAAACUAUAUAGGAAUA